GUAGCUUAUUGUGCAACAAAUUACUCAGUUGGUUAGAAAAUGGCAAGGUAUUAUAUAUGAAAUAUUUGUACUGGUUUGAAGAUAGUCCUUCUAAAUCAUCAAGGAAGAAAUUUAAAAUAUUUUUUUUUGAGACAGAGUCUUGCUCUGUCAACCUGGCUGGAGUGCAAUGGUGUGAUCUCGGCUUACUGCAACAUCUGCCUCCUGGGUUCAAGCAAUUCUGCCUCAGCCUGCUGAGUAGCUGGGAUUAUAGGCGCGUGCCACCACGCCCGGCUAAUUUUUGUAUCUUUAGUAGAGACAGGGUUUCACCAUGCCGAUCAGUCUGGUCUCAAACUCCUGACCUCGGGAUCCACCUGCCUUGGCCUCCCCAAAGUGCUGGGAUUACAGGCGUGAGCCACUGUACCAGGACAAAUAAAAUGUACAAAAAUAAGUGGGAUGUCAUCUAUUGCAUUACAGUUAAGCUCAGGAUCCAGAGUUUGCUUUUGAAUCCUAAAAAAAAAAAAAACCAGAUUGUUUAAAGCAUUCAUUCUUUGUGUGUUAUAUACUAGCUUGGAAUUGCUUUGACCAUGCAUGGAACAGGACUCAGAAAAUAAUAGUGGUAAUAGCGUUUGUCUUAGGCCAUUGUCUUGCUGUAACAAUAUACCACAGACCUGGGUAAGCAGUAGAAGCUUAUGUGGUGGUUCUGGAGGCUCUGAUGUCCCAAGGUAAAGGUGCUGGCAGGUUCGGUGUCUUAUGAAGGUUUGGCCUUAACUUACCUCUUGAUAACUGCCACAGUGGGAGUUCCUUUUUUUUUUUUUUAAUUGAAUGUUUUAUUUUGAGAUAAUUGCAGAUUUACAUGGAGUUACAAAUAAUAGAGAUCCCUUGUACACUGUAUCCUGUUUGUCGAUCAUAACGUCUUACAAAGCUGUAGUGCAGUUUCACAAUCAAGAUAUUGAUAAUAGGUGGGCAUGGUGGCUCACGCCUGUAAUCCCAGCACUUUGCGAGGCCGAGGUGGGUGGAUCACUUGAGGUCAGGAGUUUGAGACCAGCCUGGCCAACAUGGUGAAACCCGUCUGUAUUAAAAAUGCAAAAAUGAGCCAGCCAUCGUGGUGAGCACCUGUAAUCCCAGCUGCUCUGGAGGCUGAGGCAGGAGAAUCAUUUGAACCUGGAAGGCAGAUGUUGCAGUGAGCUGAGAUUAUGCUACUGCACUCCAGCCUGGGCAACAGAGUGACUCCGUCUUAAAAAAAAAAAGUGAUAAGCAUAAAGUCAAUAUGUAGAACAGUUCUAACACUACAAGAUACCUCAUGUUGCCUUACAUAGUCAGACCACCUCUAUCUCCCCUCAUCCCCACUGAUCCCUGGCAAGCACUAAGCUAGCCUUCAUUUCUUUAUGUCAUUUCAAGAAUGGAAAUGACCAGGAAUCAUGUAAGUUAGAUGUGACCCUUUGUCUUUUUUGACUUAGCAUAAUUCCCUGAAGAUGCAUCCAAGUUGUUUUGUGUAUUGUGUGUAUUUCUAUUGCUCAGUACAAUUCAUGGUAUGAACGUAUCACAGUUUGUUUAGUCAUUGACCUGCUAAAAGACAUUUGGGUUAUUACCAGUUGUUAGCUGUUGUUUUUAAGGCUGUUACGAGAACUUUUCAUGUACAGGUUUUUGUGUAAAUGUAAGUUUUCAUUUCUCUGGGAUAAAUGUCCAAGAGUGCAGUUGCUGGGUCUUGACGGUAGUUGCAUGUUUAGGUUUCUGAGAAACUGCUAAACUGUUUUCCAGAGAGUUUUCUACCAUUUUACAUUUCUACCAGCAGUGCAUGACUGAUGGCAAUUUCUUUGCAACAAUGGGGAUUAAGUUUCAUCAUGAAUUUUGGAGAGGACAUAUUAAAACAAUACCAUUCAACUGGAAACCUUUACUUAGCAAACAUGGGUCCUUGAAAUGUAUCCUCACUAAUCUUGCUGACAACUGGGAAUGUAAUACAGAGAAGGAGGUGAGGAGAGACAGAGAUACUCAGCAUUCAACCAAGAAAGGACUCUUCUCCCUUGAAAGUGCUGGAUUUUCACUCCAGUUCACCCACAGGUCUAGUGACUCCGGCUGGCUGCUGCGGGGCGAGGAGAUCCGCAGAGUGCCUAACUAGAGGCCACUCGCGCGCUCUGGACGGUGGCCGUAUCUCCAGGGUCUGGGCCCCGGAGCCGCAGUCCUGCAGCAGAGCGCCUGGAGCCGCGAGCAGCCAGCAGCCUGGCGAAGCGCACAGCCUCGGCGAUAGCCAGCUCCGCGGCCUCUGCUCCCGCCCCUCCCCGCCGCUCCGGGAAGGGGCGGAGACGAGGAGGAGCUGGGACGGCCGCUACGCUCCCGGGCGCACCAAGCCCUUUAAAAGCUGCGGGCCUUGACAGUUCUGCAGGCAGCCGCCGCGGUCCCGGACUUCUAGUCCGGCACUGCCAGCUGGCGAGCCGGCUCCGGGUGCGGCGAGGCCCAGCCCUCUCGGCUUGCGCCCCGGACCCUGGGACGCGCUCCAUGCGGCCGCUCAGCAUGUCCGGGCACUUUCUGCUCGCACCCAUCCCCGAGUCCUCCUCGGACUACCUACUGCCCAAGGACAUCAAACUGGCGGUGCUGGGCGCCGGCCGCGUGGGCAAGAGCGCAAUGAUCGUACGCUUCCUGACCAAGAGAUUCAUUGGAGACUAUGAACCGAAUACAGGCAAGCUGUAUUCACGGCUGGUCUAUGUCGAGGGGGACCAGCUCUCCCUGCAGAUCCAGGAUACUCCCGGGGGCGUCCAGAUCCAAGACAGCCUCCCCCAGGUCGUUGAUUCCCUGUCCAAAUGCGUGCAGUGGGCCGAGGGUUUUCUGCUGGUCUAUUCCAUCACAGACUACAACAGCUACUUGUCCAUCCGACCCCUUUAUCAGCACAUCCGGAAGGUCCACCCUGACUCUAAAGCCCCUGUCAUCAUCGUGGGCAACAAGGGGGACCUUUUGCAUGCCCGGCAGGUGCAGACGCAGGAUGGUAUUCAGCUAGCCAAUGAGCUGGGCAGCCUGUUCCUUGAAAUUUCCACUAGUGAAAACUACGAAGAUGUCUGUGAUGUGUUUCAGCAUCUCUGCAAAGAAGUGAGCAAGAUGCACGGCCUCAGUGGGGAAAGAAGAAGAGCCUCCAUCAUCCCUCGGCCCCGCUCUCCCAACAUGCAGGACCUGAAGAGACGCUUCAAGCAGGCUCUGUCUCCCAAAGUCAAAGCCCCCUCUGCACUGGGGUGAACUAUCUCAGACAGAUGCCUCUCCUUUUUCAUAUGCAUUUGUGCAGCUAAAAGACUGGGCUUCUCCCUUUUUAAUCACACAUUCAGAGUUUAUUUUUAUAAAAAAAAUUGAUUUUCAAGUACAUGUGUAUUUCUGAAAAUUCAAACAGUGAUUGCCUAGAAGCUGGAUAAAAUUUUGUUUUGUUUUAUUAAAAGAACUUUUUUUUUUUUUUUUUUUUUUUUAAACUGUAACCACUGGCCACUUUUCCAUUAAAGGCAAAAUGGCAACAUU